AUGUUCUCUCGUUUCUCACAAUUAGCAAGACAUCUUUCUCGUCCCUUGCCAAAUUACGCCCAUAAAUCUGCUGCCGUUUCUACCUUUUCGAUUAAAGUCAUGACAUCAUCAUCUGCCGACGAGCGUAACUCGAGAACAAUUCAUACAGCGGCAUGUUUGAUCAUUGGUGAUGAAGUACUCGGGGGAAAGAACUUAAAGCGUGUUGAAGUUAUUGCAGAUGAUGAAGAUGAAAUCAUUGAAGCUGUCAGACGCAUGUCCAGCAACUAUGAUUUUAUAGUCACCUCUGGUGGAAUUGGUCCAACACAUGAUGACAUUACCUAUCAAUCCAUUGGAAAAGCAUUUGGACUCAAAUUGAAGCUGCAUCAAGAAGCUUAUGAAAGAAUGAAGAGGUUGUCCAAGCCCCACCCAUCUCAACCAAACUUCAACUGGGAUGAAGAUUCUCCGGCAAAGAAAGCCAAACUUCGAAUGGUUGAAUUACCAUUAGAUGAAUCUCGAGAUUUAUCAAAGCAAGUUAUAUUCCCAUGUGAAGAUCUUUGGGUUCCAGUCGCUUGUAUCAAUGGCAAUAUACAUAUUUUACCCGGUGUUCCAAGACUAUUCGAGAGGUUAUUGGAGGGGUUAAAACCAUAUCUUCUCCCUCGGUUGACAGAUCCUGAAGGCAAGGGAAUUUGUAGAAUUAUGAUUUCUACUCCCAUGUCAGAGAGUGCAGUGGCACCAUAUCUUACAGAACUAGCUGCUAAAGUAGAACCAAAAGGUGUCAAGGUUGGAAGUUAUCCAAGGUGGGGAAAGGCACAUAAUACCGUUACUUUAGUUGGAAGGGAUCAGGAAUACUUGGAGAGUUUAAUUCCCGAAGUGACAAAGAAUGUUGAUGGUCAUCGUGUAUUGAUAGAAGGAGAAGAUGAUGUGGAAGGCGAACAUAAGGUAACAUCUCAAUAA